UAAGUGUAGGUUAGUCGUAACGGUUUUUUUAUCUGGUUAGCCAUUUUGUGUAUUUUGCUUGUGUCUGCUACGAUCAUGUAGAUAUAAUUUCUUUAACAUUUAGGUCAAUCGUGUUUGUUCGGUCAGUAAGUUAAAAUCCGUAAGGCUAAUGACUAAUUGACAACUGUCGUGAUGUCAAAGCUGUCACUGAACCUCGGGCUCUCGAUAAGUUGGCUUGUUAUUCAGUCUGGAUUUAAGUGAUAAACUAGGUCACUUUCUGACUGGCUGGUUAUGUGUCAUUGCGUAUACUUGUUAAAACAUUAUUUCUUAUUUGCAGGGGUUUUAAAGAAUGUUAGGUUUUUUUUUUUAUUGAAGACGGACAUUGUCAUCUGUUAUGUUAUUGUUAGCUAUAACUUAGCCUCUAUAGACUGUAGCCAGCUAGCUAACUAACUGCCUGGCAGUGUAACGUUAGCUUGAUGUUACAUGAAAAGGAUUCAAAAGCAGGUCAGUUUCAGCACAAUGAUUUGAUAAUUAUUUAUGUUAUGCAAAACAAAAAUAAUUACAGCAUAGGUAAUUAUAGACGAUAUUUGGAAGUGUUGGUGUUGGCGUAUGCAGAGAAGAGGACUUGACCCAGAGAGCCAUUUUGGACACAGGACUCGGAUCAAAACAAAGAAAGACCGCUGCUGCAUGACAUGCGAUGUGUAACUAAUUCUAUUAGCCUAAAUGUCAAAUUCUAUCUGCUGGUGUUCAGCUAGCCCCUGAUGUCACUCGUCGUGUUGUCAAGACAGAAAUACCUGAAAGAAAGGUUAUUCUGUCUUUUUUUUUUUUUUAUCAGAUGUAACAUGUAACAUUACACAGUCUCCCAAGAGAGCUACUGUUGCUCUGUAAUCAUAUUGGAGUAUAAGCACACAUGUAGCAUGUCAUCCAUUGUGUAGUAGCUACACAUUUAACUUUGUGUUUUAUUAGAGCAAAAUAUAAUAUUUGAACAAAAGUUUUUUACUCAGUUGGAGUAUAAACAAGCAUUCAUUUCAUACUUAGGCCCUAAUUUGAAUGAUGGGCAAAGUCUUAAAUCUAACUAAUGCAAAUUUAAUAACUGGAUUUGCUUGUUUAACAUAUUGGGCAAGAAAUUUAAGCGCAAACAUUGAUGAGCUCAGCUCAAUGGUCCCAUAACAGACUUUGCAUUUUGCUUGCCAAAUAAGAGGGCCUUAAUAAGUUUCCUUCCUUCUCCCUUCAGGCACUUUGGUCGGACGAUGGACGAACUGGUCCACGACCUGGUGUCGGCCCUGGAGGAGAGCUCGGAGCAGGCGCGGGGCGGAUUCGGUGACGGUGGUGCGGAGCACGCACUGGCCGUGGGCUGCCUGCUGAAGCGCCAGGCACGCAAGCGGCGCGGCCGCAAGCGGCGCUCCGACAACCCGCACCCGCCCUGGGACGCCUGCCACCUGAGCGACGGCUCUGAGUCCAGUCUUGACGAGGCGGGCGGGCGCCACCACAACCAUCAUAACAACAACCACCACAACCACCACCACCACAACCAUCACCAUGCCCGGGACCCCCCCAACAACCACAGCGACUCAGAUGACCAGCUGGGGCCCAAGCGCCGCACACCCCUCCAGGGAGGGGACCCCCACGGACGGGGCAAGCGCCCGCUGUGGCACGAGGAGCUCGGUGGUGGCGGUGGCGGGGGUUGCAUGGACAGCCUAGGCAUGCGCAGCCUGCGGCGGCGGAGGAAGGUCAAGCGCAUGGCUGUGGACCCGCCGCAGGAAGUCUCCACCACCACCUGCAUGCUGGCCCCACCUCCCCCCAUGGCACUGCCCAGGGGGUUGCUGGCGAUGGGCUGCGAGGGCAUCGGGGGCACUGCGGCAAAGGGAGGGGUCAAGAAGAGGAAGCUGACGGCAUACAAGCUGGCGUCCGACGUGGCCGAUGAGGGGGUGGUGGUGGAGAGCGAGGAAGGGAUGGGCUCAGGCGAGGCCAAGGACAAGAUGGACUUUGAGGAGCAUAAGGGCUCUGGAGAAGACAUGAGUGACAGGUGUGAGACAAGCAGUGUGAGUAACAGCAGCGAUGGAGGCCUCUUCACCAAUGAUGAGGGGAGGCAAGGCGAUGACGAGCAAAGUGACUGGUUCUAUGAUGGCGAGCCUGGCGGAGCGUGUGGCAUUGCGGGUGUCGUGCCCUGGUGGGAGAGGGACUCGGCGGAGCUCGACCUCAAUGACCCCGUCUUCAACAGCAUCCUCACCGGAUCUUUCCCUAUCAUGUCAAAGGAUGCACAGAGAGGGUUCCAGGCCAGGUUGAGUCGUUUGCAGGGCGGGGCGUCUGGUCCGUCAGGGCCCCAGCACUCACAGGGCGGCUCUGCUGGACCAGGCUGCAUGGACAGACUGGGUCGGCUGUCCCAGGACCCUCAUGACAGACCCUGGUUUAAUCCAGCGUCCAGGAGAGACCACAGCCAGCUGCACUGGGACUCAAGGACAGAUCGGGGGCACCGUAGAAGCUGCUCGUUAAAAACUGCCAGCAGACAGACGAGUGGUCACCUAGGCUCCUUAUGCACAGGGGAUGUGAAGAGGCGGAGGAAGGCAGCACCAAUGGGGGCCCCAGCCACCACAGGAACUGUGGGCGAGAACGCUCCUCCAAUUCCAGAUUCCAACAUGGGGAACCGUAUGCUGCAGAGCAUGGGCUGGAACCCUGGCUCCGGCCUGGGACCCGAGGGCAGAGGCAUCACUGAGCCUGUCCGAGCCCACCAAAGGCCCAAAGGCGCAGGGCUGGGAUUCAACUAGAACCCCAGGCUUUUAGGCCUGCUAGAGCGAAGGAGCAUGUCCCAAACCACACCGCAGGACGAGAGAGUGGAGAGAAAAAACAGACAGUGAAUGAAUGAGGAAAUUGAAUGGGAAGGACUGAAAAAGAAGACUGCCUGUUAGAAAGGAUGGCAAAAGGAGAAUGAAAGUGAGUGGGUCAGAAGGAGAAUGAUUGUAAUUCACAUUCAGUGACUCAAAAGAAGUAUGGUUACAGUGGAAGCAUGCUUGUUGUGUGGAAUCACAGGAAAAAAACAAAAAAAACAAGGACUUAGUAACAUUGAUCUGUGACUGUGAAUCACAGAAAGACUAUCGAUCAAGGAGAACCAGCAUUGGACUGCCAAUGACUGUAGCAUCAGAGAGAAACCAAAUUAGACAUGGACGUAAAAAUCCCCCAUUCCGGAAGAUUGUUGCCCAUAGUGAGGAUGUUAAAAAAAAAAAAAAAAAUUAUAUAGAGAAGAGAGCUCAAGCUAGUCACCAUGUUCUAGUGGGAAUGUUUGUUUACAUGUUCUCUGUCGUUGUCCUCUGUAAAGAUAUAUGUUUGUUUUUAUUUUUUCUCACUCCUUACCUUGUAGGAGUUUUUUUUAAGUCUGUACUAGCAUACUGUAUGAGUAGCUAGAGAUUUGAGUCCGCUAAAUUAAUGUCACUCGAUUUGUAGUUUUUAUUAUGUUUUUGAACACCUAAAAAAAUAUCGGCACCAAGUGUAAACAUAUGGCCAUUGGGUCCAUUCCGCGCCCUCAACUACACCCUCAUGAAAGCUGUUAAAUGUCCUUUGCUCCAAAGCCAAAAGCAGUACAUCACAAUUCCUCAUGAAUAGUAAGUCCAUCAUGAAUAAUCUUAAGUCUUUUGAAGUUUAGGUCACUGCUCCGUGGACCAGCUUCCUUCCAAUCGAGACAUUUUGCUCUGAUUUAAUAUGGGGCAGACCCAUAUUUUAAUGUUGUGGUGUAUUUCAGAGUUAGUAAGGCAACUGAAGUUAUUACAGCAAAAUUGUUUUUAGGUUGUUUUUUCACUUUUAAUGAUGUCCAUGAACAAACUAGUCAGACCACAUAAAGAUUCAUUGCAUGUUCGGCCUACUGCUGUCUAUUUAGUCAUCGACUGUUUCUUGCAAAUUUGCAGUGGUUUUUUUUUUUUUUUUUAUUAUAUUUUUUUUUUCUGUUCUGUUUCCUGCUAUACUGUAAAUCAUGUUCACCGUUCUAUUCAAACUGAUGAUUGUUGUGCAACAUGCCAAGUAAGGGCAUAAAACGUCACUCCAUUUUAGCUGCCAUGUUUGUAGUUUUUGUUUGUUUGUUUUCAUGAGCUGGGCUGGAAGGCCGAACACUGGUCAUAGUAGAACAUGUUUGAUGGCGAGCUGGACUGUUGAUGAGCGUCUGCAUUAAACUCUGUUAAGAUU